AUGUCCGAACCCACAGCAACCGAACACCACCCCAAAUUUCAAAAUCGAAAACCGGAACAGGAUGCCGUCGCCUAUGAGAUGCAAACAUAUACACGCGGACUAGACUUUGAACGCCCACCGCUCACAUUCCAGGCCGAUAAAUGGGAAGAGUUGGCUUGUAGUCGCAUGUCUGCCGACUCCAAAGGCUACGUCUAUGGGUCAGCCGGCGUAAGAGAAACAACGGACAAGAACCGCAAUGCCUUCAGAAGAUGGUCCAUCGUGCCAAAUCGCCUAGUAAAAUAUGACGGUUUCCCCGACCUGACGACCGAGAUCUUCGGAGAGAAAAUGGUAGCACCUAUAGCCAUGGCACCUGUCGGCGUACUCAAAAUCUUCAAUCCCCAAGGCGAAGUUGCCGCCGCAAAGGCCGCAGCCAAAGAAGCCAUUCCAUACAUUCUCAGUACGGCCAGUAGUACAAGUAUAGAAGACACAGCUGCAGCCAACGGCUCCGACGGCCAACGCUGGUACCAACUCUACUGGCCCUCACGCGAACACGACGACAUCACAAUUUCCCUACUGCAGCGCGCAAAGAAAUCCGGUUUUACAGCUCUCUUCGUAACCCUAGAUACGUAUAUCCUUGGCUGGCGGCCCGAAGACAUGGAUAACGGGUAUAACCCUUUCAUGCGCGCUGAUCGUACGGGUGUGGAACUCGGUAUGACGGACCCUGUAUUCCAGAAACAGUUUAAAGAGAGGCAUGGCGUGGAUGUGGAGAGUAAGAUGGAGGCUGCGGCACCGGAAUGGAUGAGGACGAUUUUCCCGGGGGAGAGCCAUAGUUGGGAGGAUGUAGAGUUUCUGAAGAGGCACUGGGAUGGGCCGAUUGUACUGAAAGGUAUCCAGAGCUUGGCUGAUGCGAGGAAGGCGGUGGAGGUCGGUGUGCAGGGCAUUGUUGUGAGUAAUCAUGGUGGGAGGCAGCUUGAUGGCGGAAACUCUUCGUUGGGCGUGUUGCCACAUAUUGUUGAUGCUGUUGGUGAGAAGUUGACGAUCUUCUUUGACAGUGGGGUUCAAUCUGGUGCUGACAUCGCGAAAGCAAUGGCGCUGGGUGCGGACUGCGUGCUAGUUGGUAGGCCAUACGUGUAUGGCCUAGCGCUCGCAGGAGAGAGGGUGUGGAGCAUGUGCUCAAGAGUUUGGUCGGUGAGCUGGAGCUGA